AUAACCCAAGUUCAAUUCGGCAAAAUUAGUACAAGACCUUCCCCUAAGAUGCGCUAACGUAAGCUCGGAUGACGUCACUCUUGCAGCAGACUUUCAAGAACGAAUUUCGACAAAAAUAACUAACUGUGUGGGCCUGAACCUGAAAGCCAUCAAACCAGAUCAUCAUCCUCCAUGCACGCACUUCGGCUCUUUCGAUUGCAUCACCGUGAACAGUCUCUCGGCACGUUGAAAAUUUUCCGAAAGUCACAAGACCUUAUUAACAACUCUUCGAUCGCUUAUGUCAAUGUCAAACUUCGGAUCGGGCCCAAUGGAUUCCAAGCUCUCCCCCAAGCUUGCUAUAAAACUGGGGAGAGCGGUGGAGAGGUGGCUCGCUGAGCAUGGACGAAGACCCCAAGGGCAAGGCUAAAGAGAAAAUGGGAGGAGAAGGAGCGAGCGAAGUAAAGUACAGGGGCGUGAGGCGGAGGCCGUGGGGCAAGUAUGCAGCAGAGAUCCGCGACUCGACGAGGCAGGGGGCCCGCGUCUGGCUCGGCACUUUCAACACUGGAGAGGAGGCCGCGAGGGCGUACGACCGGGCCGCCUUCGCGUUGAGGGGCCCACUCGCAAUCCUCAAUUUCCCUGGCGAGUAUCCCUCAGCCAUUGGCGGGGGCGGUUCUUCGGUGGCGACAUCGCCAGCCACGUCAUCGGGAUCAGCACCAUCCACUGGCCUUGGCCGGGGCGGGGGGGACAGGCCGGAGCAGGGGAGGGAAGUCUUCGAGAUCGAGUGCCUUGGCGACGAGGUGUUGGAAGCUCUGCUUGAUUUCUCCGACAAAUCAAAAGAUAAGUGAACUUUGAGUAAAUCGAAUAAAUUAUGGAAUGUGGUCGAUGUAAAUAAAUCAUCAUGUUGGAACUCGGAUUACGCGGGGGCCCUGAAAUUUAGUUGUUGAAGGCGAUCUCAGCGAGAUCAGAAGCAGGCUCUGUUUUUCCAUUUUCUCAAGCAACUCUGAUGCUCUGUUUUUCUUCCUUUUUUCUUCUUCCCUCCUCCUAUCUGCUGCGGUCAACGGUUCUUACGCCGACUUGGCCUUUGACUUUCUGUACAUGAUGAUUUGGCAAAUCAGCGGUCGCACCAAAGAGAGGCUGCUGGUCGGUUUCUGUAUCUGAUGAGAAGGCUUCUGCAUAUAUUUUAACUUUCCUAACUUUCGACCAUCAGGAUUUGCCAAUUCGCGAGUUGAUUUUUUUGAAUGAACGGGAACCAAAGGUCAAACGAUCCGACUCAUCUCGACACGUUACUGGUUAGGAUGCAACAUCAAACUAUAUCUCAAAAGGCGUCGUCGUAGGAUCAAGCUUCUCUAGCUACUGCCGCUGUCAAUUUCGCAAUUAAUUAAGCAGAUUGGGCUGGGACAUUGACCCUAGUUAAAUAGGAAGAAAAAGGAAAAGACGGGUCGCGGUCAAGGCACGCGAAAUUGUAAAGGAGAAGGAGCGAAACCGCUUAGUAAAGACCGUCAGG